AUGGAUUAUACCAAAGAUAGGAAAGAUAUACGAAACCUUUUUGCUUAUUGGACCUUUGUUCUUGUGCGAUCUAAUGCAAUAUCUGCAAUCGAGGCAAAGAUAAGUAUCCGACCAUUAUGUGCUUCCUCGUCCAUUCAUAUCUCGGAGAGUAAAUCCAUCGAAAAGACUUUUAUAUGGCUCAUAUCGACCUCAUCAAUAAAUUCCUGGUCUCUAAUGUGCUUGUGUCUCUCCUUCUGGAUAUACGCUUUUAUUGCAAUGCAUGCUGGAGAUGAAACCCGCGAUUUAAUGCUAAAAAUAGAACGACCUUUGCGGACUUGCUACCAGAUGCUGGGUUCCUGCUACAAAGACUAUGCUCAGAAACCUAAACACAUGAUCUCUGCAAUAGACCCAUGCGUGUCCAAAGCCUACACGGACUACUUCGGCCAGUAUGACUACUACAGCAACUACUAUGACAAGGACGGAGAACCCCCGACUUUCCUGGCUCGGUCGCAGACUUUCACCGUAGAAAUCGGGCAGUCGGUGAUCAUCCCGUGCGACGUGGAGAACACAGGCAGCAACAAACUGAUCAUCAAGAAGCUCCCCGCCCGCGGAGGCUCCGAGAAACUGCUGGCUGUGGGCGGCGCGAAGGUGACCACGGACCGGCGCAUCCUGGUGGACGGGUCGCGCCUCACCAUCACCCACGCCCUCCCCCGCGACGCCGGCACCUUCCUCUGCCACUUCGACCUGGAGCCGCCCUUGCAACUGCGACACACCCUCGACGUGCAGUCCGCGCCCUCGGUCAAGUCCCUCUCGCCGCCCGAGCAGGUGAUCAAGAAGGGGGAGGAGGUCGUGUUGCAGUGCAAGGCCCACGGCAACCCCACGCCCAUCAUCCGCUGGUCCAGGCAGGAGGGGUUCAUGCCCUCGGGGAAGACCACGGAGCAGGGCCAGAACGUGACGCUAAAGGACGUAGACCGCCACGUCGACGGAACGUACCUGUGCACGGCAGGACAACGGCAUCGGCGAACCUGCUUCAGCUCGGAUGGUCGUCACGGUGGAGACGUCGUUCGCAGCACCGAGGGCGAGAUGGUGGAGCUCCUAUGCCUCGUCCACGGCCGCCCCGUCCCCACCGUCGGCUGGACCCACGACGGCGCUGCCCUUCCUGACACCCACAUGGAUUCCGAAGUGGACACGCCCCAAGACUACGCCCACGAUAUCUACGACGCCCACACCACCCAGAGCCACGUCUCACACCGCCACACGCUCACCAUACAGAAUAUAACUGACGUGGACUUCGGUUCGUACAUGUGCAUCGCCGAGAACUCACACGGGGUCACCAACGCCACGAUACAGCUGACAGGUCUCCCUAUGUCCCCGAUGUUCACCAGCAGUCCGAAUGGGGAAGAGAGCCACAGGUACACACUCACAUGGGGCACCGAGAGCCUAUCCCCAAUAACAGAGUUCGUGAUCAAAGUGCGCAAGAGUCUCACAAGCCCCUGGCAGAGAUUGCCUGAUGUACACCAAGCGCGUUGUUCACCGGAGUGA